CUCCCUGCAGGAAUGUCAUCAGAGGAGUUUGUCCGUGGGAUGCUCUACCUGUCCCUAACUGUUGUGGGAGUCCCAGGUAACGCUACCAUCAUCCUGGCGUUCCUGCUCCUGUUGCACCAGGAGAACCGCCUCCUCCCAGCUGAUGUCAUUGUCCUGCACCUGGCCUGCGUCAACCUGCUGGUGGUUGGUGUUCGCUGUCUGCUGGAGACGCUGGCGUCCUUCCGCCUGGCCAGCAUCUUUGGAGACGUGGGCUGUAAGGCUGUGAUCUUCGUCUACAGAACGUCCCGCUCCCUCUCCAUCUGGCUCACCUUUGUCCUGAGUGCCUACCAGUGCCUGAGCAUCGCCCCUCCUGGAUCAGGCUGGGCCUCCGCCCGUGCCUUGGUAGCCCGUUACCUGGGAGUCGUGUUCUUCUUCCUCUGGCUCCUCAACACCUCUAUGAGCUCUGCAGCCAUACUUUUCUCCUUCGGCACCAAAAAUGACUCCAGCCUAACAAACCACGCCAUAAAUGUGCAAUUCUGCUACGUACACUUUCCUUCAAAGUUGUCCAAACAGAUAAACGGGGCGGGCCAGGUUGGCAGAGACGUGGUGCCCAUGGCCCUCAUGACCCUAGCCAGUCUCAUCAUCCUGGUCUUCCUUUACAAGCACAGCCACCAGGUGAAGGGGCUCCGCAGCAGCAGCGGUGGCGGCGGGGGUAGUGGUGGUGCUGAGCAACGAGCUGCCAAAGCUGUGGUAGCACUUGUGACCCUGUAUGUGGUUCUUUACGGGGUAGAUAAUGGCCUGUGGGUGUACACUCUCACUGUGAAGAAGACCAUGACUUCCUCUCUGAUCUCUGACCUGCGUAUAUUCUUCUCCUCGCUCUAUGCAGCGCUAAGCCCCGUGGUCAUCAUUGCAUCGAACAGGAAGGUGAAUGGCAGGCUGAGGUGUGUAGUGCAGGAGAAGCCUGUUCAGCAGAAAGCCACCAGUCUUUCUACUAUAUGA